CAGAGACCGGAAGGGGUUCUUAAAUCGUAGCUAUAAAAGGUACUUACCUUCUACCCAUUGAUACUAUGCCUAUCGGCUAUCGCACUUGAAGCUUGUAGGACAAGCCUCGGCAUUUCCAUCAUAAUCGAACAGUGCUUGGAAACUACUUACAACAAUGGAAAUGGACAUCGAUAGCGCCUGUAAACCCAAAGAUGAAGAAAAGGCAAAGGGGAAGCCAAUCGCGGCGAUUUUGGUGGGCGCACCAGGAAGCGGCAAGUCCACUUUUUGCGAGAACGUCAUGCGGGGCUCUUCACGUCCCUGGGUUCGCGUCUGCCAGGAUACUAUUAAUAAUGGAAAAAGUGGGACAAAGCCACAGUGCUUAAAGAGUGCAGCAGCUUCAUUGAAAGAGGGCAAGAGUGUGUUUAUUGAUAGAUGCAACUUAGAUAAAGAGCAGCGGGUUGAUUUUGUAAAUCUUGGUGGUCCAGAAGUGGAAGUGCAUGCUGUUGUGCUUGAUCUCCCUGCCAAGCUUUCUAUAUCCCGUAUAGUCAAACGCACUGGGCAUGAGGGAAAUCUGCAAGGUGGAAAAGCUGCAGCAGUUGUGAAUAGAAUGCUGCAAAACAAAGAAUUGCCUAAGCUGAGUGAAGGGUUUUCUCGGAUCACUUUUUGCCGGAACGAGACUGAUGUUGAUGCUGCUGUUAAAACCUACACAGCAGUUGGUCCUUUGGACACUCUUCCACAUGGCUGUUUUGGUCAGAAGGAUCCCAAUGCCAAAACUCAACUUGGUAUAAUGAGGUUCUUAAAACGACUCCAUGAAACUAAUGCUCGGGAUUCUGUCCCUUCUCAACUUACUGAGGAAAAGGGUCCAUGCGGCAAAACACAAGAAACUGUUUCAUCAUCGUCGGGCAUGGCUAGUCAGAAGAUAAAGGUCAGUGAAGACAUGGCGCCAGGUUCUAUUAGUCACGAUGAAUCUGAUAUUCCAACUCUGGCAUUUCCAUCUAUUUCCACAGUAGAUUUCCAAUUUGACCUCGAGAAGGCAUCUGAUGUUAUUGUUGGGAAAGUAGAGGAAUUCAUGGAUAAGCUUGGUAAUGCCAGGCUUGUUUUAGUGGACUUGACUGAGAGAUCAAAGAUUUUGUCUUUGGUUAGGGCUAAAGCUGCAGAAAAGAAAAUCGACUCCAAAAGGUUCUUUACAUUUAUAGGAGAUAUAUGUCAACUUUAUACAAAGGGAGGUUUGUGCUGCAAUGUAAUAGCUAAUGCUGCCAACUGGCGUCUGAAGCCUGGAGGUGGAGGUGUAAAUGCUGCAAUUUUCAAUGCUGGUGGUCCUGCCCUAGAGGCUGCAACCAAGGAGCAGGCUAGAUCUCUUCUUCCCGGGAAUGCCCUUGUUGUCCCUCUGCCAUCAACUUCUCCUUUGUAUUCUAAGGAAGGGGUGACCCAUGUGAUACAUGUUCUUGGGCCAAAUAUGAACCCACGUAGACCAAAUUGUCUAGACAAUGACUAUGUUAAAGGUUGCAAAGUUCUUGAGGAUGCUUACUCAUCACUGUUCAAAGGGUUUUUAUCUAUAGCAAAUACCCAAGUUAAGGUUCCCAGGAGUAGCGGAAGUAUUUUGUCAGGGCCUUCAAAACUAGAAGAUGAGAUUAGUGGAACUAAGACAAAAACGUGGGCUCCAUGCCUUCAGGCUCUCUAUAACAUAGCCAUGCAGCCUGAGAAGCAUAACAAGCAAGUGCUGGAAGCAUCUGACGAUGUUGUUGUACUAAAUGAUAUUUAUCCAAAGGCAAAACAGCAUCUUUUGGUGUUGGCAAGAAUUAAAGGUCUUGAUACCUUGGCAGAUGCACGCAAAGAGCACCUUCCCUUGUUAAUGACAAUGCACGAAGUGGGUUUGAGAUGGGUUGAUAAGUUUGUAGGUGAAGAUGCAUCAUUGGUUUUCCGCCUAGGUUAUCAUUCGGUCCCUUCAAUGCGCCAACUACACCUGCACGUUAUUAGCCAAGAUUUCGACUCCAAAAAUCUCAAGCAUAAGAAGCAUUGGAACUCUUUCACCACUGCAUUUUUCCGUGAUUCUGUAGAUGUAAUGGAGGAAAUUAAUAAUCAAGGGAAAGCAACAAUUCAAGAUGAGAAGAGACUAAUGUCAAUGGAGUUGCGUUGCCACCGGUGUAGAAGUGCUCACCCUAACAUUCCUAGGCUAAAAUCACAUAUCAGCAGCUGCCAAGCUCCUUUCCCUGCAGAUCUACAGAAAAAGGGUCGAUUAGUGCCUGAGCAAAACUAACUCUGGCUGUGACCCCUAGGUGUUUGUAAACCAUGUUUCCCUCAAUUUUUGCUGUAUAUACAAUGAAAAACAGUGGUAAAAGUAUCACAUUUUGCUUGA